AUGAGUUCAAAUACAUCCAUUGAAGAACAAAAGUUACAACAGCAACAACAAGAGCCACAGCAAUCUGAAGAAGUUAAGGUAGUAGUUGGUACCGGUGGCGUUAGUAGUAAGGAAUCGCAUUCAGGUAGUCGAGUUUCUAAGAAGAGUAACAAGAAGAAGAAGAACCAGUGCUAUUUCGACAAGUGCACGUCACCAGCCUCUAAAUUCAUUGGGGACUGCAACUUUUGUAAGGGUCAUUACUGCUCGAAACACAGGUUAAUGGAGAACCAUGCCUGUGAAGGAUUAACGAGCUGUAAGGAGACUAUGCAUAAACGUAACGCAGAUAAGUUGGUUUCUGAGCAAACAAAGGCUCCCAAGAUCCAAAUAUAG